UACAAUUACAAGUACAGUGAUAUAACCCAAUUUCGAUUAAAUUGCGCCUACAAAUUUCACAUUUUGGUAGAAUUUUAUCGAUAUUUGAAAGGUAUAAGGGAUUUUUCGUCUCAAAAAAUAUUUAUUAUAUGCAAAUGAACAAAGGACUUCAAUAAACAUUGAAUACACAGAAUUUAAUAACUGAUUAUGAUGAAGUGAAAUAUGAUCUUUACUGUAUCGCACAUCCAAUUUAGUUUAAAAUAAGUGCAGUACAUAAGAGCAAAUUACAAGAAUGACAUGUAUCCUGAACAGACUGAAGACUUCUGCUUUAUGUCGAUCUAUUUUUCACAAAAAUAUAGUUUUUGAUCCUGUUAUCAAGAUCAGUCAUCUGAAAAUUCACAGCGAACAUGUUACUAAUAAAAUAAAUGCCUGGGCAGAGAAAAAGUACAAACAAAAGGACAAUAUAAAUAGUAAUUACCAGCUUGUAUAUAGAGAGCAAACAACUAUCUCUAGAACAAUUAUUUUAACAUAUCAUUUUGGAUGGAAGAAUGAUCUUUAUUAUGAUACAUACAUGUCAUCGACAUAUAGUACUGAACGGAGCAUCGAAUCAAAACCAGGGUCGAUCAAACUGUCUUAAAAGAUGUAGAAAAGGAUAAGAUAAUACGUGGAUAGGAACGAUUCAUAUAGGUCAAGGUAACUAAUAUUUCUUUUCA